AUGUACAAAAAUAUCGCAAACGGAGAUUCUAUACUUAUGGCCAUUGAAAAGGAUAUGGAGGAAACGGAAAGCACAGUUCAAGAUGAGAUCAGAGCUCCAUUGGUGCUCCAAGAUGAGAAACACAAGGAGAACAAUUUCAUGGUUUACCUAAGCACUUUUGUUGCAGUUUGUGGUUCUUUUGCAUUUGGAUCAUGUGCAGGUUAUUCCUCUCCUACUCAGUCUGCAAUCAGGGAAGAUCUCAAUUUGUCACUAGCAGAGUAUUCAUUGUUUGGCUCAAUCUUGACAUUUGGUGCAAUGAUUGGUGCAAUCGCGAGUGGGCCCAUGGCCGAUUGCUUUGGUCGCAAAGGGGCACUGAGAAUAUCAACUGUUUUCUGUACAGCCGGGUGGCUAGCUAUUUACUUUGCUCAGGGUCCUCUGGCUCUAGACAUUGGAAGGCUAGCAACAGGAUUUGGAAUGGGAGUGUUUUCCUAUGUGGUACCUGUGUUCAUAGCUGAAAUCGCACCCAAAAAUUUAAGAGGGGCAUUAACAGCAGCAAAUCAGCUCAUGAUCUGUACAGGAGUGUCAGUUGCCUUUAUAAUUGGAACAGUGCUAACAUGGAGGACCUUGGCAUUGACAGGAUUAAUCCCUUGUGCUGUUCUAUUAGUGGGGCUUUUCUUUGUACCAGAAUCUCCUAGAUGGCUGGCAAAGAUAGGAAGAAAAAAAGAGUUUGAUGCUGCCUUAAGAAAACUUAGAGGGAAGGAUGCUGAUAUAUCUCAGGAGGCGGAUGAAAUCCAGGAUUAUAUAGAAACACUGCAAAAGCUUCCGAAGGCCAAAAUAUUUGAUUUGUUUCAGAGAAGAUAUUUGCGAUCUGUCACUAUUGGGGUUGGACUAAUGGUGUGUCAACAAUUUGGAGGAAUCAACGGAAUAUGCUUUUACACAAGUAGUAUAUUUGAGUCUGCAGGAUUUCCUGCUGAUAUUGGAACAAUAAUCUACGCGAUCCUUCAGGUCAUAAUUACUGCCUUAAAUGCACUCUUUGUUGACAAAGCCGGUAGAAAGCCACUAUUACUGGUUUCAGGCGCCGGUUUGGUUAUGGGUUGUUUACUAGCAGCACUUUCGUUCUACUUUAAGACUUAUGAAAUAGGACUAGCAGCAGCACCUGCACUAGCUGUAACGGGCAUACUGUUGUACAUAGCAUCAUUUUCAGCAGGAAUGGGAGCGGUUCCAUGGAUUAUAAUGUCUGAGAUAUUUCCUAUUAACAUCAAGGGUGCUGCUGGAAGCCUAGCAACACUAACAAACUGGUUUGGCGCGUGGGCAGUAUCAUUCACUUUCAAUUUUCUCUUGAGCUGGAGUUCAUAUGGCACUUUCUUGGUAUAUGCAGCGAUAAACUUAGCUGGUAUUGUGUUUAUAAUUAUUAUGCUGCGAAAGGAAGUAGCUACGGUCCCUAAGGAGUUCGGUUCAAAUCUCGCCGGAGGCGAACGCAGUUGA